CACGAUCCCAGCUGACAGCGAUGCGGAUGAAUAUUUUGAUACUUAGUUUUAAUAUUUCCCUAUAAUAAGAUCAUGGCUCAAUUAAUAUUAAUGUUGUCAUUAUUUACAUCGAUACUUAGCUGCUUUUUAUUUCAGUGCGUUUUUUUGAUGUGUUGUACAGUAUUCCCUUUGUAAAAUGUAUGACUGUGAAUUUUAUAGCGUUGUUUUUGAUAAGAAAACUCUGUAGAGUUUUUAAAGUACUAGUGAUUUUUUUACAAACUAGUGAUGAUCGAAUAUUCGCAUCAACACGGAUUUUGAACAUAACAAAAUAUCAUGCAAAGCGAAUGUGUGUAACUCGUGUAACUGGAAAAUAAAUUGAUAAUGAUGAAAUUACCUCGUAUAAAUAGCAUAACCAAUUAAUUGCUUUCCACUAUAAUAUUAAGACAGGUUGACGUUUUGACCGCUUGUUACCAAAUUAAAGAAAAGUUUGUUACAUUUCUGUACAUUUUGGUACAUUUUUCUUAAAACUUGUAAGACAAAGUAAUUUGCAAAGUAAACAAUGUAUGAUUUUUGAACAGUUAAGUAUUAUUAGCUACCAAAGUUUUAAUUGUAUAAUAAAUUCAGCGUUUUGUAUAAAACCAAAAAAAGGAAACUUCUUCUAUAAAUUCUUAACAUUGCAAUCAUUAUGUAAAGCUUGUUCGGGUAUAAAACAAGUUGCAUGGUGUAAAAAGAAAAAAGAAAGAGCUUUCACUUGAAAUGGGUUUGAUGACUAUUGCUUUGUUAUUAUUUGGUUGUUUAAAUAAUUACAAUCAGCGCAAAAAAUAGGGUGAUAGAUACCAAGCGAUGUUGCUCUUGAAGCUUUUCACUCAAAGUAUUCUGCGUAAAAAUAAAACGUUCAGUGACAGUUGUUGUAAGUCGACGUUGACAAUGCAAUGGCAUUGAGACAUAAUAAUCACCAAUGACAGUCAGCUGACAGAAAUUGACCGACUGAAACCUGUAUUUCAAUUUCAAAGUAAAUUUAAAUUGUAUUGUGUGUCCAAUCUAACUACACAUACUACGUAUUGUAUUGUAUUUUAUCAAAGAGAAAUGAGUGCGGCCGAACACGACGCGCUAUUAUUCAUUUAAGCUAUCUCCAGUAAAAUAGUUUGGUGAAAAUUCAGUGUAGAUAAAAAACAUGGAAGAAAAAUAUAUUUUAACUUUAGACAUAGGCACCAGUACUAUUCGCUCUUUUAUUUAUAAUUCAAGAGCUGAAACAGUUGGGAAAGCAGUUGAUCAGGUGGUAUUGCAUUAUCCACACCCUGGCUUCGUUGAAAUAGAUCCUGAUGAGCUAUGGACCUCUGUAGUCAAUGUGGUACAAAAAUCUUUAAAAGAUGCAAACCUCACAGCUGGCCAGAUGACAGCGAUGGGCAUAUCAACACAGAGAGGCACAUUUAUCAACUGGUCCCGUAAAACUGGAAAGCCAUUCCACAAGUUUAUAACCUGGAAGGAUCUUAGAGCAGACAAACUAGUCAGACAGUGGAACAAUUCUUAUAUAUGGAAGCUGUUCAAAGCAAGUGCCUACAUAUUGUAUCUUAUCCUUAGGAGCAAAAGAUUUAAAGCAGGAAGUGUAUUUAAAUUUAUGAACACUCAGACAUGCUUGAGAUUGUAUUGGGCGUUCCAAAACGUGCCGGCGUUCAAGACUGCGGUACAAGAUGAUGAUGCACUAUUCGGUACCUUGGACACAUGGUUAUUAUAUAAGUUGACAGGUGGGAAAGUUCACAUGACGGAUGUGUCAUCAGCUUCAGCCACUGGUUUCUAUGACCCAUUCACGAUGCAAUGGGCAGGCUGGGCCAUGACUAUGUUGAAGAUACCCAGAGCAGCGCUGCCAGAAGUUGUCGAUACCGCGGGUGAUCACUUCACUAGUACUUUGCCAUCGAUAUGGGGACAUCCGAUACGCAUCCUUAGUUGUAUGGCAGACCAAACAGCCUCAAUGUGGGGUUCAUGUUGCUUCGACAUCGGUGACGUGAAACUCACCAUGGGUACUGGGACGUUCUUCAACAUAAACACGGGGACGGAACCCCAUGCCAGCGUGUCGGGGCUAUACCCCAUCGUCGGCUGGAAGCUUGGAGAAGAACUUGUGUUCUCCGCAGAAGGAGCGAAUAAUGAUACCGCUUCGAUUAUCAAGUGGGCGCAGAAUUUAGGACUCUUCGACAAUCCUGAGGACACAGCCGACAUAGCGCAUUCAGUUCAGGACACUGACGGAGUAUACUUCAUACCAGCAUUCAGUGGGCUGGGGCCGCCAUACAACGAUGGCUCAGCAGCAUCAGGGUUCAUAGGAAUGAAGCCGUCGACAACAAAGGCGCAUCUCGUCCGAGCCGUGUUGGAGUCGCUCGCCUUCCGAACCGCGCAGUUGUAUAGCUGUGUACUCAGUGAGACUAAUUAUGCGUUCCAUACUAUCAGACUAGACGGUGGUGUAUCGAACAACGACUUCAUAGCUCAGUUAGUGGCAGACCUGACAGGGUUGCGUGUGGAGCGGCCCGUGCACGUCGAGAUGUCUUCACAAGGCUGUGCCCACAUCGUUGGAUAUAAAUUAGGUAUUUGGAAAUCAAAGGACCAACUGAAAAAACUUCGAAAAAUAGACUGCGUAUUCAACCCUCGUCCUCAAAUGAAGAAAGCGUAUGAGGUUACGUUUUUAAGAUGGCAGGACGCCGUCAAACGUAUGUGUGGUUGGUAUAAUGGCGACACUUCGUCUCAAGUCAUAUCGGAUUCUAGUAGUAAUUCAGUGACGCCACAGAAUAGCUUUAAGGUAAGUGCCGGUCGCAGGAAGAAUGGCAGUAUACCCAAAUAGCGGUGGCUUCUGUGCCUGCUCGCGAUAUUCGCCGCGGGCUUGCCUCUCUGCAGGUGAUACAGGCCUUUCAAACGGAGGACUUCCAUCAAGGAGUUCCAGUUUACAAUACCAUAGACACGUACUGCGGUGAAUAAGACUUAUCGGUACCACAGAUAUAGAACCUAUUUGGAUGUCAAAAAAAGUUAGUGCUACCUAGGGCUGCCAUCUUGAAUUUCGCCAAACCCGGAUAAACAUUUAAAAAACCCGGACAUUUGGCGUAAAUCGCAUUUUUUCCCCGAACGAGUACGAUUUUUUUAAACAAAAUAAUACCUUAUUUGUAAUCCAUUUACUAUUAACAUUUACUUAAAUUCCUUACAUCAAGGUACUUCCUUACAUGAAAAGUGUCCGGGGAAAACCCGGACACUUCUUGAAAGCCCGCCCGGACGGCCCCCGGACGGCCUCCAAACGAGGACAAAUCCGGGGAAACCCGGACGGAUGGCAGCCCUAGUGCUACCGCGUCUUAUGUGCAGUUGACAGCUGUCAGAUUUCAGUGGAUGACAGAAUAUUUUUACAGACUGAGAGCAACUGUCAACUGCACCAAAACGGCCAGAGUCGACCUAUAUAAUUUUGACAGUAUGCAAAACGGCCCUUCGGAAUAAGACUUGAUAAAUAAACCACAGAGCAAAUAAACUUUAAU